AUGGCCGACAGCUCACCUACGCAACUGGGCGCAUGCGUAGGGGAUUGCGAAAAGAAGACUAUUUUAGAAAGACUGCUUAAGAGCCGAAAGUUCACCGUCCAAGAUGUGUACAUUGAUUUUUUCAAUAAUAAGACGCACUAUCCUUUACAUCACAUAACAAACACGGCAAAUCACGUGAUCAAUGUGAUCUAUUAA